AUGGGAGGAAGUGAUAAGACUCAGAGGAAUGAGGGAUUCACGGAGGUUAGGAGGAAAGGAAGAAGAUCGGAUGGAGCCGUGAGUGGGAGAACGCAGUCGGAUAAUGGUUCUAGAGCUGGUUUAGGGAGAAACCUCCAAGAGAUUUCGGGGAAUAUUGUAGUUACGAACAGAAUUGGGGGUUUGGUAGAGGAUGGAGCAGUUGGUGAGACAAGGAAAGCGACGGUGUUAAGUGAAGAGAAUAAGGAGAAUGCUAUGAUUACUAAUCAAGAAGGGACAGGGAAGCGUGUUCCCCAAGGGAAGGAAGUUGGGGCAACGGUGAAUUUGGAAAGAGUUCAAGAGGGGUUGCGGAACACUUUCCAAUUCAACCAAGGCAGGUCUGCUCGGCCUAGAGAUUCCAAUGGGGCUCGGGGAAGACAAAACAGAUCGAAUAAACCAACUCGGGGUCUAGUAUUUGGGCUGGUUCGAGGAGAGACGGAGAGAUCAGAGUCGGGUAAGCGUUUGAGAAUGGAGACACCGAGUAAUGAUCGGACAGUAGAGGUUUUUAGGGGAGGAGAAAUUCAAAUUACAGAAGAGAAUACCCCGCACGUGGAGUUAGGAGAGGAUACGGGUAAUGUUUCGGUGAAUGUGGAGAGUGAGACGUUGAAUCGGGAAAGUUCUGGGCACGGUAUUUCAUCACAGGAGGUGGUGAAUAUGACGGGUGCAUAA